GGAACCUGCUGGGAGAUCAAAGGACAGAUGAAUUCGUGAAUGUGUUGUGCUCUCACUUACAGGCUGGCACCAAACCGGAGGCCACAUCGGAAGAGGUGGAGGAACUCCUCAAGAUCUGGGACAGGUUGAAGGUCGAAAACGAUAACGUGGUGGUGGCGAUAGACGGACGGAAAGUGCCUUUUGUUCCACCAAAUCAGCGAGAACGUGUGAUGCGUAUAACUCAUGAUGGCGCCCAUAUGGGAUUCGAGCGGGUCUUUGAAUUGCUGCGGAGGCGAGUGUUUUGGCCAACCAUGAGGAAGGACGUCGCGGCAUACAUUCGGGGUGCCCAAACUGCCAAACGAGUCGGGAGAUGGAGUCCCCGAGACCGCCGAUGCGAUCGAUGGAGGUUGGUGAGCCACUUCAGUGUUGGGGACUGGACGUCUUUGGGCCCUUACCAGUGAGUCGAACAGGAAACAGAUACAUUCUAGUGAUGAUUGACCACUUCACUCGAUGGGUGGAAGCCAUACCAAUCAAGGACCAAACAGGCGAGACAGUGUCGCAAGUAUUCGAAUUCAAUGUGCCUGCAAGGUAUGGGAUCCCACAGUGUAUCAUCACGGACCAAGGGCCCUGCUUCGAGUCAAAAGCGUUUAAGGCAGUGUUGGACAAGUGGGGCAUCCAGAGACGGCGAACUUCACCGUACCACCCACAAACCAACGGCAUGACCGAGCGGUUCAACCGGACAUUGAAGACGUGGAUAAACUGCACGAAGUUGGCAUGGGAAGAUGCUUUGCCUCAGGUUCUGAUCGCGUAUCGGACCAGCAUGCAAUCAACCACCAAGGUCGCGCCAUUCGAAUUACUGUUCGGCAGAGAACCACGGAUUGCGCUCGAUACUUGCCUACCGAACCAGGGCGAGCGGGAACAUCCAGCUGGGCAUCAAGAGCGACUGCGAGGGAAAGCUAGAAGCGAAACCAAAGCUCGACAAGCGCGGAAUAAGCGAAAUUACGACGCCAGGCAUGAGGCUCACAAGUGGAGGCCAUUCAGGAUUGGAGAACAAGUCAAGUUACGGAACAACGAUCGGCCGGAUCAUGACGGGCCGGGCGCAAGCAAGUUCAGAGAACGCUGGAAAGGCCCCUACACCAUUAUCGACCAGAAAGCGGGCAACUUCUUAAUCGACUGCGGAGGAAUGAAACGUUGGGUGAAUGCUGCUCUCCUGCGACCAUGGUACGAGAGGAAGAAAGGUCCUCGAGGAGGGGCGGGUGUAGAGGGGCCGCUUCCAAGAAUGCUUCGGGGGAGCUCUUCGGAGCUAGCUGAGAGCGGAUCGAGAAGGACGGCUAGCGACGAGCCUGGGCCCGGAACUACGGAGCGGGAAUAUGUGGACAGCGCAAUAAAUCAGACAUAUACGCCGCUAGCGCAGCCCACAGGACCGACGCCGAGCCGAUUGACACAGCCCAGAACAAGCAAGUCGAGAGCUCUCGAACGACUCCUGGCCGAUCCAAAUCGGGUACAGAGAAGUGGGGAUCGAGGCGAAAACAGGAAGGCGGAUCUUCCAAGUCAGAGCUCCCGAGGCGAAAGGACUGGCUCGUCUCUAACAUCCGUACCUGUGUUGCGUUGUGGGACGGAAAUCUAGUCGAUAUUCGAUGGCGCGCGCGAGACCCUCAUGUGCCCAUUUUCGGUGUGCAAUAAACGUCUACCCCCCUGUCGUGUCGUUUUCGCUACACUGGUGCCGUGACCAUUCGCGAUGGAGUUGACCCGGUUGGAGCAAUUUGCGGCCGGUGACGUGGAGGCUUGGCUCGAUGAGUUCGACGGAAUUGCGGCUUGUGCGGGUGUGAGGGGGAUGCAAAUUUGCUAAUUGCUUUGGGCACACGGUUGAGUGGACGAGCCAAGGCGGUGUAUCUGCUCACUCGAAAAGCCAAACCCAGCUGUUCGUUCGCUGAGAUGAGGGCCGCCUUGUGUGCAGAAUUUGGGAAGGAUCUGGAGAGAGAACGAGCACUGCAACGAUUUCACGCAGCCAGAUGGGACGAACAGGAGGAUUUGAUGGUGUUUUUCCAGCAGCUGGACAGACAUCUAACGAUUGGGCUCCCCGAGUUAGAGGGCAACGCAAGAGAGCGCCUACUGAAA